GCGGCGGCGGCGGCGGCGGCGGAGACAGCUACAGCUUCGGAAGAAGCGGCUGCGGAGGAGGAAGAAGAGGAGCUGGGCAAGGCGAGAGCCACAGGCGGGAACCUCGCCAUGGGUCAGCGGACCUAGAGCGGUGGAAGGUACCGGCCGGAAGCCGAGCUGGCCGCUGCUCCUUCUUGUGGCCCCCAUGGCUGAGGACUGGCUGGACUGCCCGGCCCUGGGCCCUGGCUGGAAGCGCCGUGAGGUCUUUCGCAAGUCAGGUGCCACAUGUGGACGCUCAGACACCUAUUACCAGAGCCCCACAGGAGACAGGAUCCGAAGCAAAGUUGAGCUGACCCGAUACCUGGGCCCUGCGUGCGAUCUUACCCUCUUCGACUUCAAACAAGGCAUCCUGUGCUAUCCAGCGCCCAAGGCCCAUUCCUUGGCCAUCCCCAGCAGGAAGCGGAAGAAGCCUUCGAGGCCAGCCAAGGCUCAGAAACGUCAGGUUGGACCUCCGAAGAGCGAAGUCAGGAAGGAGGCCUCAAGGGAUGAGACCAAGGCUGAUGCUGACACAGUCCCAGCCUCACUUCCUGCACCUGGGUGCUGUGAGAACUGUGGGAUCAGCUUUUCAGGGGAUGGAACCCGACGGCAGCGGCUCAAGACUCUGUGCAAGGACUGCCGAGCACAGAGAAUUGCUUUCAACCGGGAGCAGAGGAUGUUUAAGCGUGUGGGCUGCGGGGAGUGUGCGGCCUGCCAGGUAACAGAAGACUGUGGGGCCUGCUCCACCUGCCUUCUGCAGUUGCCCCAUGAUGUGGCCUCGGGGCUGUUCUGCAAGUGUGAGCGAAGACGGUGCCUCCGGAUUGUGGAAAGGGUGAGUCGGGCAGGUGGGGUGGGCCCGAGGCUCACCUGCACUCCUGACCCUCAUAGCCCUGGCCCCAUGCGUCACACCUCCGGCCCCCCACAGAGCCGAGGGUGUGGAGUGUGCCGGGGCUGUCAGACCCGAGAGGACUGUGGCCGUUGUCGAGUCUGCCUUCGCCCUCCCCGCCCUGGUCUCAGGCGCCAGUGGAGGUGCGUCCAGCGGCGUUGCCUGCGGCACCUUGCACACCGCCUCCGCCGCCACCAUCAGCGAUGUCAACGACGCCCUCCCCUAGCUGUGGCUCCCCCUGCUGGUAAACACGGCCGCCGCAGGGGAGGCUGCGACUCCAAGGUGGCUCCCCGGCGGCGCCCCCCCCGAACCCAGCCCCCGCCUGCACUUCCGCCCUCGCAGCCUCCAGAGUCUCCAGAGCUGCACCCCAGAGCCCUGGCCCCCUCGCCACCUGCUGAAUUCAUCUAUUACUGUGUAGACGAGGACGAGCUACAGCCUUACACGAACCGUCGGCAGAACCGCAAGUGUGGGGCCUGUGCAGCCUGCCUGCGGCGGAUGGACUGUGGCCACUGCGACUUCUGCUGUGAUAAGCCCAAAUUCGGGGGCAGCAACCAGAAGCGCCAGAAGUGUCGUUGGCGCCAGUGCCUGCAGUUUGCUAUGAAGCGGCUGCUGCCAAGUGUCUGGGCAGGGUCCGAGGAUGGCGCCGGGCCACCCGCACCUUACCCGCGUCGAAAGAGGCCUGGCUCUGCUCGAAGGCCCCGUCUGGGUCAGACCCCGAAGCCUCCCUUGGCCACGCCCAUGGCCCAGCCAGACCGUGCCCAGACUCCAGUGAAGCAGGAAGCAGGCAGUGGCUUUGUGCUGCCCCCGCCUGGCACCGACCUCGUGUUCUUACGGGAGGGUGCAAGCAGUCCCGUGCAGGUGCCUGGCCCAGCUCCAGCCUCCACAGCAUCUCUGUUACAGGAGGCCCAGUGCCCUGGCCUGAGUUGGGUCGUGGCCUUACCCCAGGUGAAGCAAGAGAAGGCGGAUGCCCAGGAAGACUGGACACCGGGCACAGCCAUCCUGACUUCUCCUGUAUUGCUGCCUGGCUGCCCCAGCAAGGCAGCAGACCCAGGCCUGCCACCUGUGAAGCAAGAGCCACCUGACCCUGAGGAGGACAAGGAGGAGGAGAACAAGGAUGACUCCACCUCUGACUUGGCCCCAGAGGAGGAGGCAGGAGGGGCUGGCACGCCCGUGAUCACGGAGAUUUUCAGCCUGGGUGGAACCCGCCUCCGGGACACAGCAGUCUGGUUGCCAAGUCUGCAGGGCAGGCAGUCGGGAAGGGAAGAUGGAUGUAAAGAGUGGGAGACCGAGGAGACACUGGCGCCCACGAGCACGAGCUGGAAACCACGCGGAUGGCCCGGAACCCAUGUCAGCCUCUCACCACCUCCAACUUCGGUGAUGUGGGUUUCCUGCAGAAGAAGCUGGUGCCCUUCAUCACAGAGUUAAAUAUGCAUCUGGGCCAGGAAUUAGAGAAGCCGAAGGAAGAUCCUGGGGAAGGUGGAGCAGCUGCAGGCCUGGCUGCAGGCCUGACUGCUGCCCCAUACCAACGAGGUGAGCCAGCAGAUAAAUGACAUGUGUGAACUGCAACAGUGCCUGGUGCCCCUGCACCAACCUUCCGAGUGUGCUGCUGCUUCACUUCUGCCCUCCAGUUAUCACGCAAAAUGUCUCUUGUGGCCCAUCCUAACCGGAAGCGUACGGGGAAGGGAGUACUGGGAAACGUAGCCUAGUCAAGGUGACACGUUACAAAGCCACCCUGCCAUGAAUCAGCUCCCAAGGGUCUCACUACUCAACUGAGGAUAAAGGAUAACUUGCUAAAGCUGCGUUGCUGAAAAUGCAAAGCUGAAGACCAUGGAUUUCAUGGUGACCCCAGCAAGUACAGAAAUUCUGUCAAGCCCACCCAGAAAAAACUUGCUGGUCUCGGCUAUUUUUGUGUCAUUCAAGUAUUGAGAACCUGGCCCAUGGUAGGCACUGUACUUAAUACUGGGAUUCAGGAAUGAAAAAGAUAUAGUCCAUGCAGUUUUAUUAAAUACAUCAAUAUGUAUUUACAAAUGGUGAAUGGAUUUCCAACUUUAUCGUGGAAUUUAAUGGUGAAAAUGCAGAAUUCAGGAAACUGUUGGGAGGACAGCCCUUGCGUGAACCUUGUUGGGGCACAAUAGGCAUUGGAAAUAAUAUAAAUAGUUUCUAUCUCUAUGCUGUUCUAUUUUAAAAUUAUUUUUAAAUGAUUUUUAUUGUCCCGUUUACUGAUUUAUACACAGUGUUUCUUUGGGGAGUGUCUUGAUGGUGCUUAAGUGUUGAUUGACUGCCUCUGAGAAAGUGGUAUAGUGGGUGGCAAGAUCAAGGUCAGGUUCUGUCCAUGGACCUUGGGUGAAUCACUUCUCUUAGGCCUCCCAGGAGGUUGAGACUUGGUUGAAAGCCUUGUCUCACCGGGCUUGGCGCCUGGCCCGGCCCCUCCACCCACUGAAUAGGCCCGCCAGGGGGCUCCGGCGCCCGGACUGUGGUCCUCCCACCAGGGCUCCGGAGACGCUGCCCCUCACCCGCCUGCCUGGGCGGCCCUGGGGCGUGGCCUCCGCUGGGUCCAGGCUUCUGUUCCCCAGCCGAGCCGGCACGGUGGGAAGCCGAAUCCCCUCUUCACCAAGUGGCUCAACAGGUAAAACCGAAGCGGAAUUAAAUUACGGGACACGCCCAGGGUGAGGGCGCGGCAAGACGAGCUCAGGACCAACGCUGGGAUGUUCAGGGCAGCCGGGUAUUGCCAAGGGUCCGCUUCCCCUGUCUGUGGCUGAAAACUCCAGGCUGUAGACCUCGGAGGUUACCGACGGGCGCCCAAGGAUCUCAGUGGCUUUUACCAAACCCCGCUCCUAAGCCGAGGGCGUUUUUGUCGCCUCUCUUGCCCAAGGGUGUGGUGUCAGGGUGCUUCCACCCAGACCAGCCGGUGGGCCAAGCACCCGUGGGAAUCGAAGAUCAAGGAACUGGCCCUCAGGACCCCGUCCAGGGAACGGAGACGAUCAUCUAAUUUCUUUCUUUUUUGUUUG